AUGAGGGCGACUCAACCGCUCCAAAAGUCGAAAACUUUGAAGCCCUAUAACUUUUCGAAAUGGGGGUCAGGGGAAGAAAAGCCGGGCACCACAAUACGUUUUCGACUACGCUCUACACGAUGGUAUAAUUUUUAUUUAAAAAUUUUUGGUCACAGUUCGAAAUGUUCCCUUGUUAGUUUAGGUGGUCAUGGGGCGAAAGGGAGCUACUUAAAUAAUGUACUGAUUAUAAGAUACGAUUUUUUACCUUUUUUACCCUUAAGUGUAUCUUAUAAAUUUUUAAAGAUAAUUAUUGGCUCUGCAUUAUCUGCUUUGGAAGGAAAAAAUCCUGAAAUUGGUGAAAAAUCUGUUUUUAAACUUCUUGAAACUUUGGAUAAUUAUUUUAAAAUUCCUAAACGUGAGGUUACUCAUGAAACAAUUUUUGCUGUAGAAAAAGUUUAUAAUAUUGAAGGUGGAGUUGUCACUGGUAAAUUAGAACAAGGAUCAGUAAAGAAAGGUGACAAACUGGUAAUUGCUGGGCAAGGAAAAAAUAAGACUACUAUUGUUAAUGGUUUGGAAACAUUUUGUAAAACUGUUGAUAAAGGUGAACCUGGAGAUCAAUUGGGUAUUAGGUAUUUUUUAUUUUUUUUAAAUUGGGUUUUUGGAGACCGUUUAAUUUUCGCUUGUGGCGGCUCAAAUAAAAUGUAG